AUGUCCUUGUUAUUGUUGACAACAAACAAUAGCAAUGAUCAUUUGGUUUAUGGUAUGAGCUACACGAAAAGUGCCUUCACAAGUGCUUGCUCAUCAUGUACCAGUGCUUUUGGUCAAUUCACUUACGAUGGUUCCCAAUUUCUUUACACGACAGCAUUAGGUGCCGGUAAUAAUCUUUUGAAAAUUGACCUCACUGGAUCACCUCCCCAAACGAUCACAACAAUCUCUGUUGGAGCUCAACCAAAGUUUGCAUCCUAUGACAAUGGUUUUGUGUACUACGUUAAUGGAAAAACCAUUUACAAGUAUGACGGUACUACCUCGUCCACUUUUUUCGGCACCGGUGGGAACUCCAACCUUUUCGCCUUGACACGUGAUGGUUUCAAGGCUGUGUACGGCAAAGGUAGUUCUCUCAGCAGAUCCGAUGGUGCCACUACCGCCACGAUGACUGCAAUUUCUUUGGAUACCAUUAAUAAUGGUAACAGUGUGAUUUAUGACGCUAAUACUGACACUUAUUAUUUUACGGAUGGCUCCAGUUCCAUUAAAAAGUUCAUCAACUCUAAUUCCACUGUUUCAACAUUGGUAUCAAGUGCAACCCCAAUAUUCCUUUCUUAUUUCAACGGAUAUAUUUACUAUACGGAUACCAAUGGCGCGAUCAAACGUGUGGGUAAUGAUGGAACUGAGAUUAAUCUUGGUAUUGCCAUCUCAGGAACUUUGGGUGGCAUCUUUGUGAAUGCCUCCUCUGGAGACAUUUAUUUUGGGGAAGGAACAAUCAUUUACAAGGCAUCACCUACAUGCGAUUCCAACACAGAGUCUUUAAAUGCACCUUAUUGUGACUGUUUAACAGGAUAUUAUAGAGCUAGCAAUUCUCUCAUUUGUGUACCCACUUGUUUUGGUAUUGCACAAGGAGCAAGUGGAGUAUGUAGUGGACAUGGAUCUUGCAAUGGUGUUGACAUUUGUGUAUGUUCAACGAAUUGGGGUGGAUCCAAUUGUUCCAUUCCCAAAUGUUUUGGAAUUUUACAAAACGAAACCUCAACUGUUUGUAAUGGUCAUGGAUCCUGCAAUGGUGUUGACAUUUGUGCCUGCAAUUCGAAUUGGGGUGGAUCCGACUGUUCCAUUCCCAAAUGUUUUGGAAUUUUACAAGGAUCACCAGGUGUCUGUAGUGGGCAUGGAUCCUGCAAUGAUGUCGAUACUUGUGCUUGCCAUUCUGGUUGGUUUGGUUCCAAUUGUUCCAUUCCUAAAUGUUUUGGAAUUUUACAAAACUCAUCGGAUGUGUGUAAUGGAAAUGGCACUUGUAAUAAUCUCGAUACUUGUGUCUGUAACUCUUACUGGGGAGGAGCUAAUUGUUCCAUUCCUAAAUGUUUUGGAAUUUUACAAAACGAAACCUCAACUGUCUGCAGUGGAAAUGGUACUUGCACUGGAGUUGACACUUGUGUUUGCAAUUCGAAUUGGGGUGGCGCUAAUUGUUCUAUACCCAAAUGUUUUGGAAUUUUGAAAGGUGCACCUGGAGUGUGUAGUGGACAUGGUACUUGUAAUGGAGUGGAUACCUGUAAUUGUACUUCAAAUUGGGGUGGCUCUAAUUGUUCUUUACCCAAAUGUUUUGGAAUUUUACAAGGUGCUCCUGGAGUGUGUAGUGGACAUGGCUCCUGUAACAAUGUCGAUACUUGCGUAUGUUCAGCGAAUUGGGGUGGAUCCAAUUGUUCCAUUCCUAAAUGUUUUGGAAUUUUACAGAAUUCAACAAGUGUCUGCAGUGGAAAUGGUACUUGUAUUGGAGUUGAUACUUGUGUCUGUAACUCUUACUGGGGAGGAGCUAAUUGUUCUAUACCCAAAUGUUUUGGUAUUGCUGCAAAUCAAACCACAACUGUAUGCAGUGGAAGAGGAACUUGCACAUCGCCAGAUACUUGUAAUUGCAGAACCAAUUACUACGGAGCAAAUUGUGAAAAAACGAGUUGUAAUGGAAUUGCUUCUGACAAUUUUGUCGAUGUUUGUUAUGGACAUGGUGUUUGCUCCGAUUAUAACAACUGUACUUGCAAUACCGGUUAUGGACCUACCAAUAAUUGUCAAUACCCAAUUUGUGGAGGUUAUUUAGCCAAUGACACUAGAGUUUGUAAUAAUUCUCGUGGUAUUUGUACAUUACCAGAAAGGUGUUCACCUCUUGAUCCUGUUUGUUAUGGAAUGGCAAAGAAUGCCUCUGGUGUGUGUAGUGGAAAUGGUACUUGUAUUGACUGGGAUUUGUGUCUCUGUAACAGUAGCUUUUAUGGUAAUGUUUGCCAAUUUUGGAAAUGUAAUGGCAAAAACUUUAAUGACUCGAGUGUCUGCAGUGCACAUGGUACUUGUGCUUUUGUGAAUUAUUGUGUCUGUAAUAAUGGAUGGUAUGGCUCUAAUUGUGAUGUACCCAUGUGUGUUGGAAAAUUGUCCACUGCACCUGAUGUUUGUAAUUACAAGAAUGGUACUUGUACCACACCUGGACCAUGUUCCUGUAAUAAUGGAUACACAGGUGAUGAUUGUAGUAUUCCAAUCUGUUAUGGAAUAUAUGGAAAUUCAAGUCAAGUUUGUUCUGGAAGAGGUAGCUGUGUCAGUAAGGACAAUUGUAUUUGUGAUCCUGCAAAAUAUGAUGGUAAUCAAUGUGAAAACUACAAGUGUUAUGAAAUUUCUCAAGUGAACUCAAGUGUCUGUAGUGGAAAUGGUACUUGCAUUGGUGUUGAUACUUGUCAAUGUAAUGCCAACUAUACUGGAUCCAAGUGCGAUAUUGUCAAGUGUUCAGGAAUUUCAGGACAAGAUCCUUCUGUGUGUAGUGGAAAUGGUCAAUGCAUUGAUGUGAACAAGUGUCAAUGUAAUUUGGGAUACUAUGGCGCAAAUUGUGAGUACACUACUUGUAAUGGUAUUGCUUCAGAUAGUGCUUUUGUGUGUAACUACAAGAAUGGUACUUGUGCAACCUACAACAAGUGUCAAUGUAAUUCUAAAUGGACUGGAAGUAAUUGUGAAAUCACUUCAUGUUAUGGAAAGUUCUCCAAUGAUGUUUCUGUUUGUAAUGGAAAUGGUGCAUGUCUCUUACCAGAUCAAUGUACAUGCCGUAAUUCAAGCUAUGGUGGAGCAACAUGUCUUCCAAAGUGUUUUGGUAUUCUUGCAGACGUCACUGGUGUCUGUAGUGCACAUGGUUCCUGUGACGCACCUGACACUUGUCGUUGCACCUCUGGAUACCUUUAUUCCGAUUGCUCUCUGUAUUAUGUUCCUGCUUCAGCCAUUGCACUGCAAUUCAAUAGUACCACUGCUUAUGUGAAUGAAGCCUCUACCACACUCACUCUCACACUGAAUCAUACAACUUUUGCAGACACUUAUAUGGGCAAAACAGUGAGAUUUUCAUUCGAUUUUGAAUUUAAUGGACAAGUGUCUUCCAAUAAGACCUAUGAUGUGAUUCCAUCCUCAGCAACCACUAGUGUACAAUUCAUAGCUCCAUCUUUCUCUAGUACUGGUUCUCUGAAGGCUUAUGUUGCAUUGACCGAUGUUACGACUUCUGUGAAGAUUUCAGACCGAGUUCCAUCUUCUGCUGUUGUCUCUAUUCAAGUGCGUCCAAAACCAAGCCCUGUUCCCUCUUCACAACGUAAUACAGAUGGAGGUGGAGGAGGAGGAAAUGGUGGUGUCAUUGCAGCAGGUGUGAUUGUUCCUUUGAUUGUGAUUGGAGGAGCUGCUGGUGUGACAGCCACCAUUGUCUCUGUCAUUGUCUUUAUGAAGAAGAAGGCUGCUGCGGCUGCUGCCAAAGAAAUUACUGCUGCUCAACAUGUGAAUGUGGAAUUGGCUGAAGCCAGUUCUGUUUUUGUCACUUCUCUUUCAAUUACUAUUGCAAUGAUUUUCUCUCGUUCCAUUGCAUCAACAUGGCAUAAAAUUGUUGAGCUUCAACGUCUUAAAGAAUUGUACAAGAGUUUUAUUCCUGCUCAUGUGUUGCUUCAAAUUGAGGCUGAGAAUGGGGAUGAAGAUGAUUACAUGAAAAUAGAAGAUGUUCCAAAAGAGGAAGAUGUGAAAUGA